CUCUCCGCGUUUAUCAAUCAUUUAAUGCUUCUUCAUAUAUAUAUUCUAACUCAUUUCCUCCCAUAAUUCACAACACAAAUCCAUUUUCAGACCCCACAGCACAAAACACAAAAACAUCAUCGGAACAAAAAUGAAACUACUUUGGUCCCCUGAUACAGCAUCCAAAGCAUACAUCGACACAGUAAAACAUUGCAAAGUUUCGGGUGGUUCCGGCGUGGCGGAGCUUAUAUCGGCGAUGGCGGCAGGGUGGAACGCGAAAGUGAUAGUGGAAACAUGGUCGGAAGGAGGUGUUAUAGAAACAAGCAAAGGUUUGGCAAUAGCGAGAAGACACGCGUGUGGGAGACACGUGUGCAUAGUCCCUAACGAGAGAUCAAAAUUGGAGUACUUUGAGAGAAUGGGGGAAACAGGAACAUCGACGGAAAUAAUGGUUGGAGAAGCAGAGGAAAUUAUUGAAGGGUUAAUCGAAGGAAUAGAUUUCAUGGUGGUUGAUUGUAAGGGAAUUAAGGAUUUAACGAGAGUUUUGAAGGUGGCUAAAUUAAGCGUUAAGGGUGCGGUUUUGAUUUGUAAGAAUGCUUAUUCGAGGGGUAGUAAUGGUAAUUUUAAAUGGGAGAAUGUUGUUGUAGAAGGAGGAUCGUGUUCCCGUCGUGUUGUUCGUUCUGUGUUUCUUCCUGUAGGGAAGGGACUUGAUAUUGCACAUGUUUCUGGUACUGGGGGUAAUUUGGUCAAAGGUGGUGGUAAUGCUCAUAAGAGAUGGAUUAAGCAUAUUGAUCAACGAUCAGGGGAGAUGCAUGUUAUUAGACGAUGAUUUAAUUCAUAAUCAUUUAAUCCAUA